GCUCCAGAGCCCGCCUCAGACUCCCGCUUCGGCCUGGGCCUAGACCGGGCGGGACGGUCUCCAUGGCGACGGCGCGGCGUCGCUAGGCCCGAAGCGGCCGCCAUGGAGCCUGGGCCUCCCGUGCCUUCGCCGCCGCCGCCCAGCGAGAGCCAUGUCGGGCCGCCCCCCGCCGGGGCGACGCUGGUCUUCGCGGGCUCCAGCGAGCGGGACGUGGCGCUGGCCAAGUCCUUCUGGAACUCCGUCACCCUCCAGCCGCCGCUCGAGUCCCGCCUGGGGCCGCGCAGGAUGUCGGGCGGCGGCAGCCUGGCCGGCCCCAAGAAGGAGUCCUCCAGCCUCCUCGCCGCCCGCCGCUCCCACCUGGACACCCAGAAAAGUAGUCCUCUUGCUCAGCCAUCAGCAACUAGCAGAAAGGUAGAAGCAGAAACCCAGGGAGAUCCUGAACCUGAGACAGUGGACGAUGAAAAAGCGUUGUACCUUCAGAAGGCGAAGCGGAGAGACGAAAUCAUAGCUUUACUGAAGAAACAAAGGGAAGAGAGGAUCAUGAAAGAAGCAGUUUCUCGUCCACAUAAACCAAAGAUAAAAAUGGAAGAAAGCAAGUUAAAGGUAUCGGAAUCUGAUGUGGAAGAUCAAGAAAGUGUCAAAGCAUUAAUUUGAACAAUAGCAUCCAAGCGAGCAUCUUAAAGAGAGAAGCAUUUGUCCCUUCCCUUCAGAAUCCCUUGUCAUGUUACACUUUGGCUCUGAAGGCAUGCAGGCCUUGUGACUUCCCCGCCGAACUCUUGCCCUAGACAGCCAGAGUCGAGCGUGCUGCAGCCGAAGCUAAUGGAAUCUUUGAUUCAGCUGACAGAUUUCUUGGUCCCUGGAGUCAAACAAGAUACAGUAAGAAAUGUUAAAAGAGAAUGAAACUGAUUUUGAAAUACAAAUCUUCA